UCCUCCAGCUCCCGUCCCCCUUCCGCCGCGUGGGUGCCAUGGCAACGGAGAGAGACGGCAACCUGGGUCCCGGAAGCCGGAGAGCUGGAGCUUUGAAGCCACCCCGGUCAAAGGAUGCUGAGUCCGGAGCGCCUAGCCCUACCGGACUACGAGUAUCUGGCUCAGCGACAUGUCCUCACCUACAUGGAGGAUGCAGUGUGCCAGCUGCUAGAAAACAGGGAAGAUAUUAGCCAAUAUGGAAUUGCCAGGUUCUUCACUGAAUAUUUUAACAGUGUAUGCCAGGGAACACACAUUCUCUUUCGAGAAUUCAGCUUCGUCCAAGCCACCCCCCACAAUAGGGUAUCAUUUUUACGGGCCUUCUGGAGAUGCUUCCGAACUGUGGGCAAAAAUGGCGAUUUGCUGACCAUGAAAGAAUAUCACUGUUUGCUACAAUUACUGUGUCCUGAUUUCCCGCUGGAGCUCACUCAGAAAGCAGCCAGGAUUGUGCUCAUGGACGAUGCCAUGGACUGCUUGAUGUCUUUUUCAGAUUUCCUCUUUGCCUUCCAGAUCCAGUUUUACUACUCAGAAUUCCUGGACAGUGUGGCUGCCAUCUAUGAGGACCUGCUGUCAGGCAAGAACCCCAAUACAGUGAUUGUGCCGACGUCGUCCAGUGGGCAGCACCGCCAACGACCUGCCUUGGGCGAGGCCGGCAUGCUGGAGGGCGUGGAGGCGUCGCUGUUCUACCAGUGUCUGGAAAACCUGUGUGAUCGGCACAAGUACAGCUGCCCACCCCCAGCACUUGUCAAAGAGGCCCUCAGCAAUGUUCAGAGACUGACCUUCUAUGGAUUCCUCAUGGCUCUCUCAAAGCACCAUGGAAUCAACCAAGCCCUCGCAGCCACUAGGAAGGAGAAGGAAAAGCCAAUUAGCAACUGGGUCACAGCCUGAAGUAACCUCAUCCCCCUUUUCUAAGGGCCUUUAAAAAGGACACUGGCUGGGUGUGGUGGCUCACGCCUGUAAUCCUAGCACUUUGGGAGGCCGAGGCGGCGGAUCACCUGAGGUCAGGAGUUCGAGACCGGCCUGGCCAACAUGGAGAAACCCCGUCUCUACUGAAAAUACAAAAUUAGCCAGUUGUGGUGGCACAUGCCUGUAAUUCCUGCUACUGGGGAGGCUGAGACAGAAGAAUCACUUGAACCAGGGAGGCGGAGGUUGCGGUGAGCCAAGAUUGCACCAUUGCAUUUCAGCCUGGACAACAAGAGCGAAACUCCAUCAAAUAAAUAAAUAAACAAUAAUAGCCAGACAUGGUGGCUCCACCUGUAAUCCCAGCAUUUGGGGAGGCUAAAGCAAGAAGAUUGCUUGAGCCCAGGAGUUAAUGACCAGCCUGGGCAAUAUAGGGAGAACCCCGUCUCUUUAGAAAAAAAAAAAAAAAAAAUUAGCUGGGUGUGGUGGCAUGUACCAUUGGUCUCAGCUACGCAGGAGGCUGAGGUGGGAAGAUCGCUUGGGCAUGGGAGGUCGAGGCUGCAGUGAGCCAUGAUCACUGCACUCCAGCCUGGGUGAUAAAGCAAAACUCUGUCUCAAAAAAAAAAAAAAAAAAAAAGUCACUCUCAUUCAACCACUUUUACUGCACACUAACAUUGGGUGGUUGGAUGGAAUGGGAGACAGAAAGAAGCAUGUGGUCUCAGGCCUCACCUGCAUCUCCAGCGUAUAAAAUAGAAAUCCGGAGAUACACUGGUUGACGCAUCACGGAGAAGGUCAGCCCUGUUCCCUUAGUCCCCAGGGCACCCCACAAAUGAGAGGGUUCUAUGAGAUGUACUUUGAAAACCACUAACUUAGGGCAAGAGGGGCCAGGAGGCAUCAUCUGAAAAAGAUUUGGACAAAGGGGAAAUCUGCCUGUGCCGGGUUAAUUCUGGCCCUGACCCAGCCUUCUCCUCUUGCCCCUGGGAUCCUCCUUGGAGAAGCAGAGGCAGCAUUUUUUUUUUAACCAUCUGUCUCCAAAGUGGGGUCAUCCUGAUUUAGGGACACAAAAUUAGGUAAUGUCUGACCUUUGGGCUUAGCCUGGACCAUAUCCUUUUCAGCCCAGUACCUGAGGCCUCAAGGAAGAACUCAACUCCCAACACCAGGUCACAACCACCACCUGGUGUUGGAAGGGGAUCACCACACUCCUUGGCUGUGGUGUCUGCCCCAGGCAGGGAAAGUAGGCAGUGGAAUUCAAUAAAUGUAUCAAGCGACAGCGAGCACCUUCCUGCUCCGUGACUGUUCUUGGCCCCUCUAGCAGUCCUCAGAUCUUUAGAUCGGCCCUCGCAGGGUCAGCAGAACAGGCAGCUGUGAAGGUGAGGGGCAUGGAGGAAUCUGUUGCCUGGCUGAA